AUGGCAGCUGCGGGCGCUAAGAUCGAUGCCUGUGGGCUUGGGUGCGCGAGACGCCGCAUUCCGGCUGAUUUCAGGCUCCAUCAUGGUGGCUCCUCAAAGAUAUUGUCUAUACGCAUGAGACUGGGCACGAAACGACGGGAAUUCGGGGCCACGUCCCGGCGCAGGCGGCAAGAGAAGCUCCAGGCUAUUGACGGCCCCUGCGGCCCCGUGGAGGACGCGGUCACGCGCGUUCUGUUCACGGAGGAGCAGAUUCAGUCCAGAGUUCAAGAUCUCGGCAGGCAGUUGGCCCAGGAGUACGCCGGGCGAGCGCCGCUCGUGGUGUGCACGCUGACCGGCGCGUUCGUCUUCCACGCCGACCUCGUGCGCGCCAUGCGGCCCUGCCCCGCCGGCACCGAAGUGGACUUCCUGCGCGCCUCCAGCUACGGCGCAGGUACGGAGACGUCCGGGAACGUGCUGGUGUCAGGCCCGAUGCCGACAGCGGUGCGCGGGCGGCACGUCAUCCUGGUGGAGGACAUCGUUGACACGGGCAUCACGGCCGCGCGGCUGGUGGCGCUGCUGAAGGACGAGCUCGGCGCGGCGUCCGUGGCGCUGUGCGCGCUGCUCGACAAGCCGUCGCGGCGCCAGAUAGAGAUAGCUGCUGACGUGGCGUUGUUUGUAGGGUUCGAGUGCCCGAAUGAGUUCGUUGUUGGGUACGGCCUCGACUACGACGGCGCGUACCGGACGCUCGGGUGCGUCGGCGUGCUCGACCCGGCGGUGUACGGGGGGGAGUGA